AUUAAGAACCCUAAUUUGUGAUUUGUUGUGCAUCAUUGACUAAAACUUCGCGUGCUUCUCCUGUGCGUUUUCUUAUGGCUACUGUUGGAGAUAAAAGUAGUAGGGACGAGAUUGAUGAAGAACUGAAUAACACGGUGGAAGUAAUAACUUCUUCUGAUGAAGAUUCAGAUUCAGGAUCAGGUUCAGAUUUAGAUUCAGAUUACGAGAUUGAUGAUAAACUGAAUAACACGGUGGAAGUAGUAACUUCUUCUGAUGAAGAUUCAGAUUCAGAUUCAGAUUCAGGUUCAGGUUCAGGUUCAGAUUCAGAUUCAGUUGAAUCCGGACAUAGGAGGCAUCCUCCGGUUGGCGGAGGUGCAGACAUUAACAUAGAUGAAAGAUAUGAGAAACUCUUGAGCAAUUAUGCUAAACAAGCCUUGCAAGUAUACAAUGACCAAAACAAUGCGAGUUAUGAGCUUGAUCACCUUGUGAAGGCUAGUAGCCAUGUUGUUGCUGGCAUGAUGUAUUACAUUACUUUUACUGCACAUUCUGGAGAUAAUGCGCCUCAAACCUUUGACGCCGGAGUAUGGAUGAAAAUAAUGAAUUUUGGAACAGAAGUCACGUUUUGUGAGAUGGCAACUGAUUAAGCAGGGAGCUGGUACAUCUCAGGUGUAAGUUGCGGAGCCAAGUCGCAGUGAUGGAUUAUGUGUACCCAAUAAAAUUGUGGUUUAGUUGGUUCUUAUAAAAAAAAAUACUUUGGUUUAGUUGUUAAUAACACUAGUUUUUCCGGUUAAAACAAAGUUAAUUGAGAAUAUAGCUAAUUGUUUUGUCUAGAAAAUUCAAUGGAUUAACCUUUUUUAGUUGUCAGGAAUUAACCAAUAUAAAA